CUUCGCACGAUGGUCAAGGCGCGACGACGGCGACCACGGAAUCUUGUCCGAUGCAAGGGCUGUUUGUGCAACCGGGGUUCCUCGCAGCAGCUGAAUCAUGAGAGCGAAAAUCUGAGUAAAGGUCUCACCGGGUGGGAGUCGUCCUUCGCAAGAGCCUCGUAGUUGUAGAUUGUGGAUGCAGUCUUGGUGCUGACCUACAAACGAAUAACGUCGUUGACAUGGUGGUUGAGUUGCCGGUAGUAGUAAUUUAUUUAGCACGUCCAGUCUAGUAGAGAGGUACAAAGUACAUGAGCAGCUGUGGAGACGCACGGGCCACAUGCCGCUAAUAGCACAGCUUCACUCACUCUCUCAAGCUCACGAAAAAAAAAGUUCGGAACGACCUCAGCACCGAAGAGAGCAGACGAGGCAGAAACCGCCUCUGCAUCUCACAUAAACUCUCACACACUCACGCACACACAAGAAAAGAAAGACUUUAUUCCCUUUCAUUGACUCGGGGCCAAAAAGAAAAAUGUUCGCCGUUCCGGGCUGGUCCGUCUCGGCCGACAGCCUCAAAGCGGAGAACACCUCGUCGGCCGCGGCGACCUCGGCGCAGGGCCCGGCCGCCGGCGCAAAGUCGCGGAAGCGGAAGCGCAACGCCGAGGCCGUCACGGCGUCCAACGUCGUCGACCUGUACGAGUCGGUCGUGGAGGGUCGCAAGGCGCAGCCGCCGCCGCCGUCGUCGUCCAAGCAGCCCAAGGAGAAGCCGUCCAAGAAGGCGAGGAAGGAGGACGGCGCGGGCGGCGGCAAGAAGGCACAGGCUGAGGUGAAGAAGAGUCAGGAGCACGCGGCUGACGUCGACGGGGGAGAGGGGAAGAAGAAGGAGACGAAGCCCGAGGGGACGGAGACGGGCGAGGCUCCCAAGGAAAGCAAGAAGGACAAGAAGAAGAAGAACAAGCAAAAGGGCAACAAUGAGAGCAGAGGCGCCCAACCAUCAGCCACCGAGGAGGAAAAGCAGCAGUCCAGAACCGGCAACAACGAUGUCAGGAAUCGCGACGGGCAGCCCUCGAUGCCGCCGCCCAAGCCGGCCACCAGCAGCAACAAGCUGACGCCUCUGCAGGCGUCGAUGCGCGAGAAGCUCGUCUCGGCGCGGUUCCGGCAUCUCAACGAGACGCUGUACACGCGGCCGUCGGAAGAGGCGUUUGAGCUGUUCCAGGAGUCGCCCGAGAUGUUCGACGAGUACCACGAGGGCUUCCGCCGGCAGGUCAAGGUGUGGCCCGAGAACCCCGUCGACAGCUUCCUCGCCGACAUUCGCGCGCGCGCAAAGGUCCGGCAGCCGGGCAGGCACCAGCAGCAGCAGCGUGGUGGCCGCGGCGGCGGUCGUGGACGCGGCGGACGGCAGGCAUCAGCAUCGGAAUCAUCGCGGGGCGGUGACCUCCCCCUGCCGCGCACGGCGGGCCUCUGCACCAUCGCGGACCUGGGCUGCGGAGACGCCCGGCUCGCCGAGUCGCUGCGGGCGGAGCAGGCCAAGCUCAACGUCGAGGUCAAGAGCUUCGACCUGCAGAGCCCGAGCCCGCUCGUCACGCGCGCCGACAUCGCCGACCUGCCGCUGGCCGACGGCUCCGUCAACGUGGCCAUCUUCUGCCUCGCCCUCAUGGGCACCAACUGGAUCGACUUCAUCGAGGAGGCGUACCGCGUCCUGCACUGGAAGGGCGAGCUCUGGGUCGCCGAGAUCAAGUCGCGCUUCGGGCCGCCCUCGGGCGCCGCCGGCAAGAGGGCUGCUGGCGGCGGCGGCGGCGUCGUGGCUCACAGCGUCGGCAACCGCAAAAAGGCGGCCGCCGCUACUACUUCCGGCAAGAAGGGCGGCAAGAAAGGCGGCGCCGGCGCCGACGACGACCCGACGGCGCUGCACGGGCAGGACCUAGCCGUCGAGGUGGACGGCGUCGAGGACCGGCGCCGCGAGACGGACGUGUCGGCCUUUGUCGAGGCGCUGCGCCGGCGCGGCUUCGUGCUCCGCGGGGAGCGCGCCGAGGCCGUCGACAUGUCGAACCGCAUGUUCGUCAAGAUGCACUUUAUCAAGGGCGCCGCCCCGACCAAGGGCAAGGGCGUCAAGGCUGCGGCGGCGGCGGCGGCGCAGGAGGGGGGGACCAGGGGCGGCAAGAAAAAGACGUUUGCGCCCAAGUGGGAUGAGGGCGACCAGGAUGACGACGAGGCCGGCGUGGAUGCCAGCGAGGCAGCCAUUCUCAAGCCGUGUGUGUACAAGAUCCGCUGAGCCGUGGAGGGAGUGAUGGUGACAGGUGCCUUGUCGAAAAGAGGACAUUAUGGAGGAAGUCACCAGUAACCGGUCCAAGAGAGAACAUUGUCAUCACCAAGCUGUGGAUAAGUCGACCGAGAAAAGGUCGGCAGGAUACUUGAUAGAUAAUGCAACGGCCAUGCCAAGUUGUGAC